AUGGAGAAUUCGAAUUUGGGCUCGAAAUACACUUGCAAGAGCUUCAGCCCUUUAGGAAAUAAUAGUACCAUUUAUGCAGGCCUGAUUGUCGACGCUGUGCUCGACUCGGCUAUUUUAAAGGGAAAACUCACCGAGUUGAUUGGAUUAUGGCCAAUACUUGGCGGUCAUUUGAUCGAAGACACAAAACCAUGGUCCUUCACCUGUGGCUCUACUGCCGAUUACGCCAGUAGGGAUAUUGACCAACCACUGGCUACUUAUCUUCCAAUCCAUUAUAACCAACAUUUCAAUGGGCCGCAAAUCAUGGAAUGCCCGGAAAUAUUUGCAGUUGAUGAGAAAUUCAUAUUCAAUGUCUCUCCCAGCCUCACAAACAGUUUCCGCCUUCGUGUUACUCUUCUUCGAGAUGCUACGUUGCUCUGUUUUGGAAUCUCACACCAUAUAUGUGACGGCAAUGAUUGUUGGGAAGUUAUUAGAGCAUUUUGUGACCUAUUGUCUAAUAAGCCAAUUCCUUCUUUUGUCCUUCCACCUGAUGCUGGGGAUGUCCGAAUGUCUGAUCUGAUGAAAGUCGAAGAUGAGUGUUCCGAAGCGGAAUCGAAUUUCCACUACCAGAUGCAUGCAAAAAGCUAUGACAGCGGAAUAUUUAAGCUAGCACUGAUUGUGUGGCGCGUGCUACUGGCGAUCCUUGCUGCAAAGUUCGGAUUUCGCGAGGAGCUGGAACCCAAAUUUAUCUAUAUUCCAGGCCCAUGGGUCGACAGAUUACGGGUAAAAUCACAGGCAGAACUGAAAGAUUGUUCCCCCGAUAUCAAACUCACGCGAAAUGAUGUUAUCGCCGCGUGGUAUCUGAAAUGCGUCUAUUCUCCUCAACCUAAUACUGCACCACCUAAUCCAGUGGACUACUUUGGGAUUAUCAACUUUCGUCGCUUUAUUGAGCCCCCAAAGGCUGGAACAUACUACAUCCGUUGUAGUAUUUUAGCUCUUCGGUGUAAAUUCUCUACUCAACAGCUGAAAGAAGAGUCAGUUGCUGAGAUUGCACGGAAAAUACGGCUCAAAACACUGCAAUAUACGUCCACCGGAUCCGUCAAACAAAGCCUUCGGUUCUCGGAAGAUCAUGCAUCCAAGAAUCUCUCAUUAAAGUUGCAAGGCACUGGAAACCUUGGGCUUGCUGUGGUAUCCCACUGGACAACCUUCGAUUACACGGGUCUUGAGUUCUCCGGUGCUAGUCUCAAUGGAAAAAGAGCGCCAGUCGUAUUUGUCAAUCCUAUGAUUGUAAACACAUGGAGACUAAACAUAAUACCUGUGGCUGUCGUCACAAAAAAUGGGUCUCGAGGCUACUGGAUUCGUGCUACGAAUACAUCAACUGGCUGGGAACGGUUCGCCCGAUCUAAUAGCAUAGAAAGUCUGUUCCCUACGCAGUGA